CACGCCCCCUCCCUGUCAGGCCCGCUGCCACUUGCCUGCUGCCGCUCCUACAAUAGAUCAUAUAAUACGGCGCCUGUUACACCAAAACAAGAUACUUUUAUUUAAUUCAAGAACUUAACUUCCGUGUAGGCUAUUUUAACUACAACCAUGUCUUUAUUCACAUAGAUUUUACGUGCCCGUCGCCAAACAUCAAACCCACUAACAAACCAUGCCUCUGUCAUUUUGCUAACUGAAACGCCAAUGCUGUCGAAGGACCAAUAGGAACCAAUCAUGCGCUUGCCAUGCGCAGCCAAACACGGCCGCAAGUGGGAGGGGUCAAAAUAAUAAACUUCCGGGUGAGGAGUGAAAUGUGUUCUUAUUGGCCCGCUUCUUGUUAUCUGGCAGAACCGAUUGGCGUAUGAUGUGGUGAUCCAUUUAUAUGGAAAACUUUUUUGACAAUUCGUUGUGCAGUAGAAUGGCCGCUAAGCUUUCCAUACAAUGUGACUGGGAUCAGGUGUUAAGGAAGGCUGAAGGAGAAGCCUGGAUAUCUUGCAAAGUUGCAGGAAAACCCAGCAUUUAUGGCAAUUUGAAAUGUCAGGGCAUUAGUGCUGAUGGAAACCCUGAACUCACCUCUUCUGAUGAGUUUGUUGUUCAUGAGAUCACAAAGAAGAGUAUUACUGUUUCCUGUCCUGGGCAGAAUAUUUCUGGCAAAUUUUUGUCUCCUUACACAAGCUUCUCAAGAGUUCACUCAAAAAAUGUAACCUGUUUGGAUAUCUCCUGUGGAGGAGCCCUUGGAGUUUCUACCAGUACUGAUCAGUCUAUGAAGAUCUGGCAGACCAAUAAUGGAGAAAUACGGAGAAUCUUGGAAGGUCAUGUCCAUGAUGUCUACUGCUGCAUGUUCUUUCCUUCAGGAAAGGUGGUCUUAAGUGGUGGGAUGGAUGCUCAGGUUAAAAUUUGGUCUGUGGAUGAUGGAAGCUGCCCAGUGACAUUAAGGGGGCAUAAAGGAGGUAUCCUUGACUUGGCUAUUGUGGAUCGUGGAAGGAAUGUAGUUACCUGUUCCCGAGACGGCACAGCCAGAUUAUGGGAUUGUGGCCAGGCUGCCUGCAUUUCUGUAGUUAACAAUUCUUCUGUUCCUAUCAAUGCCAUUGCUCUUGGAGCAGUUGAUAAUGCAGUCAAUCUGGGAUCUCCCAAGGAAGCCCCUAGUGACAGGGAAAUAGGGACAGAAGGGAAAUUAUUAAUCCUGGCUCGAGAGGAUAAAAUGUUGGAGGGAGUGAGUCUGCAGAGUCGUGAUUCUGUUUUUAUAUUUGAAGGGUCAGAUGUUUUUAAUUGCUGCACCUUUAUCUCCAGCGUGGGUCUCCUUGCUGGAGGGCAAGAUGGAAAUAUAUUCCAUUUGGAUGUCAGAAACCCAAAAACCCCAGUUGAGACAAUAUGCAGAACUGGCUCUCCAGUGUUGUCCCUAGUUCCCUUUAGAGAUGGCUACAUCGCAAGCCAUGGUGACGGAUCCUGUUUUAUAGCACAAGAUUUUGAUCAAGUUCUGCAGUUAACUGGGCCAGACUGUGAACCUGUGUAUCGGGUGGCUGCAUGGGAAAAGUUUGUUUAUACAUGCUGCAGGGAUGGAAUUAUUCGGAAAUAUCAACUGUCAGAUCUUUGAUGGAUUAACCAAUCAAACCAGAUGGGCCUGCAAGAUCGUAUUCUAGAAUCCACAUAUGAAGCCCCAGUAGCAAAGUGGAAGUUGGCGCUCCCAGUCCCUUGUAAAGGACUAAUCGUUUUGGAAUGUUGUACCAUGAGUAUUGAAAAUCUGGGUGGCUUAUAUGCAAUACAAUUUGCAAAUGACAAUGCUGGUUAACAUAAAACUUUAUUGACAUCUGUGGUUUAAAGCAGACAUGGUUCAGCAAGUGUACUAGGUGACCUCAUUUGAGGCAUCAGAUACUCUUGAGAAGCUGAAUCAACAUACAGGAUGUGGUAUAUGUAAUCAUCAGGGGCAAAAAAGGAAGAUGUAGUUACAAUCGUAUAAAUAAACAGGACCGUGCAUAGGUACAGAAUCCGGCUUUGUUCCCUGGCCUGUACAGUACAUGGCCACCUAAAAGUGGGGGACAUAAAUUAAAAUAAAGAGAACUGGAACAAGUCCAAUAUACAGUAAUCGUAAUAGAAAAUAAACUAUCAAUGACUGAUUUUGUUGCUAGCAUAACUGAUCUAUCUAUUGCUCUAGUAUUGUUCAUUUCAUUUUGGAAAUAGUCAGAGAAAAACCAAUCACUUCUGUAAAAGUUGCAUAAAGUUGACAUUAACAUUAAAAUGUAACAUUA